GCUUGUAGAAAAUAUAUGGCAUCUUCUCACCAAAAUCUCCCCAAUUUACUCUCGUCUUUUGUCGACACCUUCGUCGAUUUCUCCAUCAGCAGCGGACUCUUCCUGCCGCCUCGUCCGCCGCAAUCGGAGCGACCACUAAACCCUAAACCUGAUCGUCAUGCUAACUCCAAACUUGAUUCCAAUGGAUUACCACGUUUGCGGACCGUAUUCUCGGCACCGGGACGUCUCAUCGCCGUAGGCGACCUCCACGGCGAUCUCAAUAAGACGAAACAGGCGUUCCGCCUCUCCGGGCUAAUCGACGAGCAGGAUCGAUGGUGUGGAGGAUCCACAACGGCUGUUCAGGUAGGAGAUGUGCUCGACCGCGGCGGGGAGGAGCUGAAGAUUCUCUACUUUCUGGAGAAAUUGAGGAGGGAAGCAGGCAAGGCGGGUGGGUGUGUGAUUACAUUGAACGGUAAUCAUGAGAUCAUGAACGUAGACGGCGACUUUCGAAGCGUGAGCAGAGAGGGGCUUAAAGAGUUUGAGGAUUGGGCAUUUUGGUAUAGAAUAGGGCAAGUUUUGAAGAAGCGGUGUGGUAAUGGAAUUGAGGAUAAGAAGAACAUAAAAGAUCCCUUUGAUGGGGUCCCUUCGAAAUUCGCCGGAGUUAAACCAGAGUGGUGUAAAGGAAUUAGGGCACGCAUUGCGGCAUUAAGGCCGAAUGGACCGGUGGCGAGAAGGUUUUUGUCGCAAAACCAUACUGUUGUAGUGGUUGGGGAUUCAGUUUUGGUGCACGGCGGGCUAUUACCCAAACAUGUGGAUUUCGGGUUAGUGAAGGCCAAUAAAGAGGUAAGAGAUUGGAUUUGUGGCGUGAGGAAAAAUGUCCGUAAGAAGUUAAAUUCCAUUGUUUGGUCGAGGAAGUUUUCCAAGGAAUUAGCAAAGGAUUGUGAUUGUUCAACCCUUAAGCGUGUUCUUGCACAAAUUCCUGGUGCAAAGAGGAUGAUCGUGGGGCAUACCAUUCAGAGGAGUGGGAUUAAUAGCGUGUGCGACAACAUGGCUAUAAGGAUUGAUGUUGGCAUGUCAAGAGGGUACAUCGAUUCAUUGCCUGACGUGUUGGAGAUAGAUAGUGAGUCAAGGAUAAGGGUAUUGACGUUAAAUCCUUUAUAUAACCAUGGUUUCAUUCAUAAGAAUAGGAUUGAUGGGGUUUGCAAGGACAGUGAUGAGUUGAAAUCGCGCACAAUGGAUGGCAACGGGACAGAGCAGGAUAUGGAGUAUACUCCCUGUUCCGGUCCCCUAAACCUUACACCGGUCCCUGUCCCUACCUUCACCAGGGAGAGGAAAUCGUUUACAAGAAAAAUUUUCCAUCUCUAUUCCUUUUCAGAUGAAUGA